AUGAUGGAUGAAAUAAUAAAGGACUUUGAAAUAAAGGACACAGAAGAAGGAAGAGCUGAAGCAGAAAACGAUAUUGAGACUGAGAGCGAAAUCCAAGAUGAAGUGAAAGAAGACCUCGAAAAUAAGGCUAAAGAUGAAACCAGACCUGAAGAAGAAAUGAAGAUAAAAUCUGAGGAUGAAGAAAUAGAAGACCUUGAAAAUAAGGAUGCAGAGGAAGCAAGAACUGAAGUGGAAGACGAAAUUGAGAUUUGGACCAAAAUUCACGUGAAACUCAGAUUGAAAGACCUCGAAAUAAAGGGUGAAGAUGAAACAAGAAUUGAAGAAGAAACGGAGAUAAAAUCUGAGGUUGAAGGCAUUGAGGAUGAAGUAAUUCAAGAUCUCGAAACUAAGGAUGCAGAGGAAGGAAGAGCUGAAGUAAAAGAUGAGAUUGAGACUGGGAGCAAUAUCCAAGAGGAGGUGAAAGAAAUUUCGAAACUAAGGAUGCAGAGGAAGGAAGAGCUGAAGUAA